AUGGACGAAGAAAGCCAAGAGAUCCAGCCCGAAGACCAGAGCUGCUGGGCCACCCUGCCCGAUGUGUGCCUGCGUCGUGUUUUCUGGUGGCUGGGAGACAGGGACAGGUCCAGGGCGGCCCUUGUCUGCAAGAAAUGGAACCAGAUGAUGUAUUCGGCCGACCUCUGGCGAUACAGGACCAUCACGUUCAGUGGGAGACCUUCCAGGGUACACGCCUCCGAGUUUGAGUCAGCUCUUUGGUAUGUUAAGAAAUUUGGUCGUUAUCUGGAGCACCUGGAGAUCAAAUUCCUGAAUCCUUACAACGCUGUCUUGACCAAGAAGUUCCAGGUCACCAUGCGAGGCCUUCUUUCGAGCCUGGGCAAGUGUAACAACCGCCUGAGGUCUCUUUCCAUCCAGCACCUGGAGCUGGACCGCCUGGUCUGGAGACACAGCAUCAGGAGUUCGUUCGUCAAGAGCCUGAGCUUCUUCUUAAAGAAAAUGGGCAAACACCUGGAUUACCUCAACCUGAAAGGGGCCAGGCUGACUGUGGAGCAAGGCUGCCACGUCCUCAACUCCCUGAGCUACUUGCGGAAUGAGAGUAUGGCGACAGAGCUCAACAUCGAGGACAUCUUCAGCCAUCACCUCGCUGUCUACAGCAGCCCCCAGUUCCACAAGACCAUGGCCACGUUCCGAAACCUGGCGUCCCUGACCCUGAACUACAACUGCAUCUCCGACGAGCUGCUCGAGAACUUGUGUGAGAACAAUGCCAGCACCCUCUGGACCAUAAACAUCAAAUGCCACAUCCAUGACCCCCACGGCCAGGUCAUCUGGGGCAUGUCCUGGGCCAAGCUGGCCAGGCAGGCUGUCAACCUGAAGGUGAACUUCUUCUUUGAGCGGGUCAUGAAGUACGAGCGCUUGGCCCGGAUCCUCUUGCAGGAGAUCCCCAUCAGGAGCAUCAGUCUGAGAAGCUGCUAUUUCAGUGACCCGGACUGGUCCAUGCGGCCCACUCUCCUGGAUCUGCUGCCCACCUUCCGGCACACUCUGCAGAAAUUAACUUUUGAGUUCAACAACAACCACGAGUCACUCGACAAGGAGCUGCACCUCCUCAUCCUAUCCUGCAGAAAGUUGUUUUACUUCAAAAUCUGGGCUUUCCUUGAUGUGAAGUUCGUGGAGCGGAUCCUGAAGAGUCAGGAAGAAGGGCAGUGUGCCCUGCGCACACUCAAGGUGAGAAUUUAUACAAACAGAUAUGAGACAAAUGAAGAGGACAGGACGCUGCGGGAAAUUUACCGGAAGUACAGAAAGCUGAUCGAUUCAGAGCUUAACUAUUUUGUCAUCGCCUACCCCAUGAUGUAA